AUGCCAGUGGACAUCUCGGUUCUGUUUUUUUGCUGCUGCUGCUGCUUAUGGAUUUCGGUUGCUGCCAAAUCCCCGGAUAAUCUCAGAUGGGGUACUUUGCAACCUUUACUGAACAGCUUAACCGAGAAUGCGGCUCGCCAGUUGUUACCAUUCUCCAGGAGUACGGAGCAAUAUUACAAUAUAUCUGCUCGCUGCCAAUCAUCCUUGGGGGAAUGGGGAUUAGGUCUACAGAAUCAACAAAAUUGGGCAUUGCAGAUGUUAGAUGCCACUGGAAAGAUCCCUACCGGUUUCAUGGAAGGAUCCUUCAUGGAACUUGGUUCCUAUGACGAGUGUAUCAGAGUGGAUGCUAAAUCAGAGAAGACUCACUUUACUGGAAAGCAUUGCUCCAUAAAGCUGGCAUUACAAUGGAAGGUGAUACUUAGCGAAGAACACGAAAGUUUCAGAGAAUUGGGUGCACAAUCAGCUGACGUACCUAUCGAGAUGCUG